CACAGCAGUCUGGUUUAGCGGAUUAUUCCAGAAAGGCAUUUCAGCAACAAUGAAGAAUGAUGAUGAAGAGUGCAAAAGCAGAAUAAAAGUGUAGUAUUUCGGUCAUGCUCAUGAGUGGAGAGAUUAAUCGUUAUUUAAAGGAAUCUCAGUAUGUGAACAAAGAGGAGCAGCAGGCUUACAAACAGAAAAGGGAAUCCCCACCUGCUUUCAGGACACCAUGGAAACACUGAAAGACAGGCGAUCCAAUCAGGAAGUGAAGAGGGGCAGCAGCACAGGUUUGUCUCUGCCCAGUUUGUGCAAUAACAGCAGACACUGGGGCCGUGAAGAUCCUGCUCUGUCCUCAGGCUCGCUAAGUACCAGGACCACCUGCCAGCCAGCACCCCCCAGAGAAAGCAGACAGAGAACAAGAAGUGUGGUCGAUACCUCCUCACCUUCCCAUGGUUUGAUGUCUGUGGCUCAGUCCAGCCAGCUCAGCCAAUCAGCCCCCAGCAUCAUGGAGCCACUACUAAGUCCCAACACUAUGAUGCAGGCCAGAGCACACGUUCAGACCCGACUGGGCUCUCAAAAAGCUGCCGCUGAACAAAAAGGUCCUUUGCCAGCUUUGAACUCCCGAACCCCUAAGCUUCUGGCACCUCUGGAUAGCCGGCCCAGAGACAGCACAGCUUUACCAGUGCUCAAGCAACGAGUGCCCCUGAAACCCAUCAGCCAAAGCUCCCUUUGGACCAGGACCCAGCUAAGGAGAGAGAGGCUGUCCUGGGGCAGCCCAAGCAACAGUCCUCCUACCAGUAAGGCUGGCAGUGAGGAAAGUGGAUCCAGUAGCAGCAGCCAGAGUUCCACCGACCUGGAGGAAGCGGACGAUCACAAAGACGACCAUGACAGCACUCACGGAGACAGAAACCAGAUGUUUUCUGGUGAUGGAUCUUUACAAAAUUCAAAAUAUGUGAAGCCCUCUGCAGUAGAUCUGGCUGGACAGACAAGCCUGCAUUUUAAAGUUCAGCCAAGGACCAGUCAAAUUCCACUGGUCCACAGAUCAAAGCAUCACAAGGAGGGCGACAUAAUUUAUCAUAAGCAUCAUCAAAGCAAUGAAAAACCUAAGAGUUCUCACUGUGAAGCAAACAUUAUGAGUUAUACAAAAGGUUCUGUUGAGAGUGAGUCCUCCAAAGGGAACAAUAAAACUCCUGUCAUGUCAGUUAUUGUCAGUGGAAUCAAUAAUAAGGUGAACUUCACUACAGAUCCUGAGACUGGAAUCACAUAUGACCUAAAUGAUGUUCAAGAUGAUGCAGCUACAUGCUCUGAAAUAUGUCACAGAAAUAAACAGCAGCAUGCAAAACAGACAGAGACAACAAGAAACACUUUGUGUACUGCUGAAACAAAGGUGGACAAGUUAACUGGCCAGGCUGCUGUGGGAAAACCUGAUUUUUUUGCUGUGGAUCCAAAGCAAUACGAAAAUACAUUUAAGACCUUUAAGCCUGUGCAAAACAAGGAGAGAAGAACCAUGCCAAAAGCUGACCCAAUAACAAAAAUUCAAAUAAACCAGUCCUUCAAUGUACCUUCACACAAAGAUCAGAAUAUCUGCAACAAACCCAAAAGCAACCUGAAGUACUCUGUAUUUUCCACCCAAGCCAAAGAUAAAAUGAGGAAAAGCCCUGAGCUACAUUUCAGCAGGCAAGGAGCUGUAACUAAAAUCAAGUUCAAGAUGAAAUCUGUCAGUGCUGCUCCUUUCAACAACACCACCCCUACGCCUCGUAAGAAGGUUUGUGAUCUCCCACAGAGCAAAGGAGCACCACAUCCUGACAAGCUGAGCAGCAACAGAACCCAACAUACAGCAGCAAGGGAGCUAAAAAGCGCCCAACACUGGAAGAAACCAUUUUCAGGCGGGAAAACUCCAAGAUCUAAGUCAGCUGUGGAUCUCAUCACCUACAAAGACAUGUUUCAGCAGAUACAGAGUGGUGAUGAAGGACCAGCCAUCUAUGAGAUGUUUGCUGGUCCUAUAUUUGAAAACCUUCGUGUUUCUAGCUCUUGUGAGACACUUAAAGAGGUGGAGGGUACUCCACCUUGGAAGCCACAACAGGGCCACAAAAUCAGACGUAGGCCACUGAGGCCAGCACAGAAUAACCUUAAGAGAAACUCUGGGGAAAGUGAAGUCAUUUCAGCUAAAAGCAAAGCAAAACCUGUGCCAUCGAGAAUUAAACCAACCCCAAACACUCUGCCAAGGGGGGACAUCUGCACAACAGAUAGUCCUAAACUAGAGACUGAGAUAGUUUUCCCUAAGGAUGCUAACCACAAUUACAAAAGUACUCAGGAUGAGAAAAAAGAACAAAUAUUAUCAACUCCCGAGGAGGAUAAUUCAUCGUAUGGAUCUCAAACUUUAAAGUCAGAUGACAAACCUCUACAAGAACCAACAUCUUCCUCAGACAGUGAAGGCUGUAAUCAUCCAAACCAGCGGGAAACAACUGAGUCGGUGUUACUGCCAAACCCUCUGCAACCACAGAUCAACAUGCAGACAUCUUCUAGCAGCAGCAGCCACACUUCCAUGUCACCAGUUUACCAGAAGUUUCUAGAUGAGCUGGGAGAUGGGCCACUUACAGAGGACUUGUUGCAGUGUUUAGCAGAAGAGCUGAUCUCACUGGAUGAGAGGGAUGUAUCCGAAGACCACGAGCAGAGCAUAAAAGAGUCCAGCAGUGAAAAUGAACCCACACCAAGGGAGAAUUUUUCUGAGGAUCUUCCAAUAGACAGUGGUGCUCUUAUAGGCUCUGGGUUGGUUGUAGAUGGCACCAUCACAUGGACAAAAGGUGAAAUACUCGGCAGGGGUGCCUAUGGGACAGUGUACUGUGGCCUGACCAGCCAGGGUCAGCUGAUUGCUGUGAAGCAGGUGAGUCUGGACUCCUCUGACCCUCAUGCUGCAAAGAAGGAGUACAAUCGUCUUCAGGAAGAAGUGGAGCUGCUGAAAACCCUUCGACACAUCAACAUUGUUGGCUUCCUGGGGACUUUGCUUUGUCAGCAUGUGGUUUCUAUCUUCAUGGAGUAUAUCCCAGGAGGGUCUAUCGCCAGCAUUCUUCAUAGAUUUGGUCCACUUCCCGAGCGAGUCCUGACUCUGUACACCCAUCAGAUCCUUGAAGGGGUUGCCUUCCUUCAUUUGAACAGGGUGAUUCAUCGGGAUUUAAAGGGGAACAAUGUCAUGCUGAUGCCAACUGGUGUCAUCAAGCUUAUAGACUUUGGAUGUGCACGACGUCUCAGCUGCUUAAACCACACAGCCUCUAACAGUGGAGAGUUGCUCAAGUCUGUCCACGGCACGCCUUACUGGAUGGCACCAGAGGUUAUAAACGAGUCUGGGUACGGCAGGAAGUCAGAUAUAUGGAGCGUCGGCUGUACAGUGUUUGAAAUGGCCACGGGGAAACCACCACUAGCACACAUGGACAAGAUGGCUGCUUUGUUCUACAUCGGGGCUCAGAAAGGGUUGAUGCCAUCUUUGCCAGAAGGAUUCUCAGAGAACGCCAAGGACUUUGUAAAAAUCUGCUUGACGAGUGACCAGAGACUACGGCCGUCAGCGGACCAGCUGCUCAAACAUUCGUUCAUCUCAAGGAAUGAAAAAACAAAUGUGAAAACAUGGAGAAGGGAGCGUUGUGGUCGCCAAAUGGGACGAAGUAAAGUUUGAGUGGGCAGAUAUUGAGAAUCAGGAGGACAUUGUAUGAAUUGUAAUGCUGGUUAAAAAUGGCAGCCUUUGUGACUGGGAAGAAACUGGUCACUGCAUCAAAACAAAUUUUAAUAGUAAAUACUCAAAAAGCACUUUUUUGGGGGGGACAUUUUAAAUGGUUUAAGAAUAAAUCCUUUAAAAUAUGAGUAGUGAGGAUUAUUGAUACUGAAUUUAGACUUUUAAAAAAAUGCUCACAAAGUCUCAUAUGUGUUCAUUUACAUAAACAUGUGUUGUAAAUCAGUUCAGUGUAAAUGAGUGUGUCCGAAUAAUGUGGCUCAUUAAGGAUGAGGUAAAACGGUUACUACCAUUUUAGGUGAAUCCUCAAUUAGCUUUUGAAAGUCAGAUUGUUUCUAUAAAGUUUCCUUGUUGGAAGCUACAGCAAAGAAAUGUUUAUUAGUCACCUCAACAAC